GUGUUCCCUUUCGGUACAACCAGUCAGUGGAGGUACGUGUGCGGACAUGAUCCAGUCUCUAAAUUCGACGUACUUUACUACUUCCAUGAUACAUAUCUUUCUCAAAAAGUGUAGCUCCAACUUUUCUGCAAUAUUCAAUAAAUAAUUCCGGAUGAAAUAAAUGUUCCAAAUGAAAUCGGGAUGACACCGCUUCGCCAUGCAUUUCUUGGGAAUAAUAAGCAGACGAUAACUCCAACGCAAUUUUAUUGAUAAAAUCAGGCAGAAUAUCACAGUCAUUGUUAUUGGUCAUUGCGUUGCGAUCUUUACCAUUCCAACCAAUCGCAUAGAACGACAAAAAGAGUUCGGUAGAAACAUCUGGAUGAUUCGGGAAAUGUAGUCUGGUUCCUGCCGCGUACAGUUUUCUUCAUGUUGCGUCAUACGACCAACAGGUACGGGUAGCAGAUUGUGCACUACACGUAUGUAGAAAACUCGAGAAGGAGUGAUCCUCGUGAACUGACGAUUUGGAAGUUUCGAGCAAAGGCCUCAGAAAUGUCUAAAUUCGGCGGAUUUUCGGAAAGUCCUCUAAAGACACGAAUGACAAGACCAGUGGCAGACGACGAUCCUUUACCAGACGGCUGGGAAAUGUUGAUCGACCCAGAAACGCAGUGGCCAUUUUACGUGGAUCACAGAAGCCGUCGGACGAGUUGGAAAGACCCAAGGCACCCCCGACGUCCAAACAUGUCCAGCCCGAUGCAGGCCUUCAUGGAUUCAGCAAUCGGUGGAGACAACUUCUUCCGCAGUACUUUUGACAACCUGAACCCCAUUUGGCAAAAUACAUGGGAUCCAUUCAAUCGCAGCCCUAGAGGGAGCCCUUCCAUGCCGCGCCGGGCACAGCAUGACAUCCGACGCGCCCCGAGCCCCCAGCCCAGCGGCAGGCGCACCCCAACGCUGGACAGCCAGAUGAAUCGUAUGCGCAUGAACGAGUCUCCCCAUCAGAACGUUGAACCAGACUCGCUACAUCCCCAGGAACAGGUGUACUCGUCAAGUCCAAGAACCGAUCAGCAUCAUCACCACCAUCCACCCAAUGAAUCCCGUAGAAUACCCAUCACCGAGGAAAGUCUACACUCUCAUGUACAUGUACCCCAGCGUGACUACCCAAUGUCUGAUGGGGAACGAGAGAUCAAUAUACCCAUAAGAGUUGAGGGCCGGGACUGGGAUUACGAUGGGAACACUGCUCCAGCACGUCCCCACGGAGAACCCAUUCAGAGUUCUCAGGCUCGCCCCAGAAUGCCUCCACAGACCAUGCCUAAGCCAGUACCCACGCCUCAACAUGUGCAAACUCAAGAACCUCAUAUACAAGAUGUGCACAUCCGAGAAUAUCAACAAGAUCCUCGGCAAUACCCCUCCAGCGAUGGUCCUGUGCGGUACCCCAUGCAACACGAGCCCGAAGUCGAGCAGAGGGACCUGAAAGAGAGGAGCCGGGGCGCCGGGAACCAGGAUGCCAGGACCCAACAGGAUGAGCCUCUGCAGUACCAACAACCACAGCCGAGGGGCCCACAACAGGGUCAGGUUUCCCAAGAAAGAGAGCAGCCGCCCACAAGCGGCAUUGAAACGGGUUCCCCAUGCAGGCCAGAGAACGGAAGCCGGGAGCCAGGGGUUGCCCAGGGGGAGGAGCCCAAGGUGCCACCCCAGGUCACCCAAAUCCGCGCCAUCCAAGCAAAAAUCCUGGACGUGGGCGGAGACAUUGAGGACUUUGUUGGCCGCAAGGGUACCAAAGACUACCUGCGGAUUGAGGAGAUGCUGAUGAGGCACAUGUUGGAGCUGGACAACGUGGACACACUAGGUAACGAGCAUAUACGCGGGGAACGGCGGAUGGCCGUUGUCACGGCACAGACGCUGAUGUCGCGGCUGGAAAAAAAGGCUCUGCCUGCAGAUGUUUAGAGUGGGAAAAAAGCCCAGACGAAGGCAAAGAACACACUAUGACCUGAUCACGACACUUUCUAGUCUUGGUUUCAGACUGGAUUUACAUUGUUCCCUCUAGCAGCUCUUUCCUAGCAAGCAUGGCUAAGUAGGCACGCCAGCAGAGGUUGCUAUGAUGAAAAUGAAUCAAAUUCACUCAUUUUGGUAUCUCUACAAAGAAAUUCCUAGGAUACCUCAAGUGCGUGGCAUUUAAAAGGUAAAGGUAAAGGUAAAGGUCCCAUAGCCAUUAUUGUCCGUAGGGGCAGUGGGAUGUUAGAGGUCCACUGUGUCUUGGGCCUGGCAUAUGAGU